CCUGAUCCUAAAAUAUUGAACAAAUUCUUGUUUGAUUCUCUAUCACAGUACCGUGGAUCAAAGGGCUUCUGCUUCAACUCAGUCAUCACCUGGAAGACGGAGGUGAUGCUGAAGGACUUGGCUUCAAGUGCUUGGAUGGUGUCAGUGAACAACUUCAGAACAUGGCUCAGAAAGAGGAAAUAGGUCUCUGAUACCUCGUUGCUGUCUUCCCCAAAACAGCGCCACACAAUCCUGGCACACUCCCCUUCCUCUUCACUCUGGAAGUAGCUGGUCAAGGCCUUCCAGUAUUUCAGGACUCUGUCAAUGGCUGGCAGCAGGGACAGUGGGAACUGGGUUCCUCCUCUGAUGGCUCACAUAAGCCUGAGCUAUUUGCUUGGAUUGUUUAUCCUAACUGUUCAAAGUCGAUGUGUCACAAAUGCUAAAGAUGCCACCAAACCCAACUUCAUACUCAUGAUGGUUGAUGAUCUAGGGAUCGGGGAUGUUGGUUGCUAUGGGAACGAUACGAUCAGAACCCCGAACAUCGACAAGUUGGCGAAAGAAGGAGUGAAACUGACUCAGCACAUUGCCGCUGCUCCUCUCUGUACACCAAGCAGAGCUGCAUUCAUGACGGGGCGUUACGCUUUGCGUUCAGGUCUUGGGAGUACUGGAAGAGUGCAGGUGAUCCUUUUCCUUGGUGCUUCAGGAGGACUUCCUCCUAACGAAACCACGUUUGCCAAACUCCUCCAAAAGCAGGGUUACACCACAGGAAUUGUGGGAAAGUGGCACUUGGGUGUGAGCUGUAAGAGCAGGAAUGAUCACUGCCACCAUCCCAACAGCCAUGGUUUCGACUACUUUUAUGGUCUUCCCUUCACCCUGUUUAAUGACUGCAAACCUGGAAACAGCACUGAUGUGCUAGGUGACCUUCAGAAGCUGUUGUGGCACAUUUUCAUGCCAUUAGCACUGGCACUGUUGACCCUAAUCAUGGCUAAAAUUAUUAGACUUCUGGAAAUCCGCUCCACAUUGCUCAUGUUCCUAGCCAUUGUUUACGUUCUUUGUUUUUUGACAUGGUACAUUCCAUUUGCAUUCUUACAAACCUGGAAUUGCAUCAUCAUGAGGAACCAGGAUGUAGUGGAACAACCAAUGAAUCUGGACACGCUCACUCAAAAGCUAAUGAAAGAGGCAGAGCAGUUUGUUGAGAGGAACCAGAACAGUCCCUUUUUGCUGUUUCUGUCUCUGCCUCAUGUUCACACGCCACUGUUCAUCUCCAAAGAGUUUGCAGGAAAAAGCAAACAUGGCCUUUAUGGAGACAACGUGGAGGAAGUGGACUGGAUGAUUGGCAGAAUGGUGAAGGUUGUUGAGAAGCUGAAUCUUUCUGAAAGGACACUGAUGUAUUUCACAUCUGAUCACGGAGGAGACAUCUGGAUUUCGGACACGCAAGGCCAUAUAGGAGGAUGGAAUGGAAUUUAUCAAGGUGGUAAAAACAUGGCUGGCUGGGAAGGUGGUAUUCGUGUUCCAGGAAUAUUCCGCUGGACAAAUCGUCUUCCAGCUGGAAAAAUUAUUAAUGAGCCAACAAGUUUAAUGGACAUUUUUCCUACAGUAGUGAAUCUAGCAGGAGGACAGCUACCCAGUGACAGAAUUCUUGAUGGUCAUGACCUGCUGCCGCUGUUGGAGGGAAAAACAAAGUCUUCAAAACACGAGUUCAUGUUUCACUACUGUGGUGUUUAUUUGAAUGCCGUCCGCUGGCAUCCUCCUGACAGUGACUCAGUGUUCAAAGUGCACUUCUUCACUGUGAAUUGCAGCAGCGUGCAAAUGUGCUUGUGCCACAUCGUCUCACACCAUGACCCGCCACUUGUCUUUGAUGUGACCUCUGACCCCUCAGAGGCAGUGCCUUUGACGGCAGAGACAGAGGCACGUCACGGCGAGGUGCUGCUGCGGGUUCAAGAUGCUGUGCAGGAACACCAACGGACACUGACGCUCCCUGAGAACCAGCUGUCAUGGCCAAACACGCUGUGGAAACCAUGGUUACAGCCAUGCUGUGGCAUGUUCCCCUUCUGCUCCUGCUCGGAGACUUGAAGGACAUUAUGAUAACAUGGACAUUUUUUGACAGAGGAAAAUAUUUUUAGUUCUGUUUGAGAGAAAUGAUCCAUGUAAACUUUUAAUCAACGCUGCACAAGGCUAAUUUUUAUGUGCUCAGUCCAAUUUCUCUAAUAAACAGGUCACAUUGUCCUAUAAGUGUGUGUUGAAAGAAUGUGGGAACCUUUGCGUCCGUGACUUGGAGUGUCUUCAUUUCCUCGGCUGUGUCCCAAACAUCACCCCUCUCCCUCUUUUCGACAACAGAGAAUCAUGAGAUUUUUUUUUUUAUUUAUGUCAUCUCCAUUCAUUUUCAUUCCCCGUUCCUAAUUUAUCUGAUUUGUUCUGAUUUAUCAAAGGGUGCUGAUUAGUUUUCUGUAGAAUGUGUUUGGUUAUCAUUUCUGUAAUAACAGUUCACUCACAGAACGUAUGGUGGAUGAUCUGCAUACUCAAGGCUAAUAAUAUAUGUAUAACCAUUAUGGUGGAGUUUUCUGUAA